AUUGGCGAGGCUCCGGUGACGUCAUCACCGGCUGGGCUCCAAUGAGGGUCGGAGGCUCUGCGCAUGGCCCUAGAGCCUCCCGGCCGGCCUCGGCUCCCAGUCUCAGUCUGGGCUCGCGGGACCAGGUGUGCCAAGCUCGGCCCGAUACUACACAAGAUACAAAGUCCGGCGCACCAUGAGCCAGUGAAGUCACUCCACGAACGUUACAUAUCAAAUAUGCACUGAUAGCUUACUGAUAGGAAUAAUUAUAUAAUACAUCGUUCGGAUAUCAUUAAAUUUUAGAUAGAGAGAUUGGUAUACAUUUGCGAUUCGAAGGUCGAUUUUAUAUUCGUGGUGCCGCGCGGGGCAGACGCCCCCGGGGGCUCGACCGUGGAGGCCGAGGGGGGAGCCCUGCUCGGGCGGCUGCAAGGCGCGCUGCGUGGCGGCGCCGCAGCCGCUUCGCCCUCGCGCGUCGCCAGCUCCAUCAGGGGCUUCAUCACCAACAAGGUCGGCUCGCUCCAGCUGAGAGACACAGGUUCCGAAGUCCCAUUCGAGGGUUGCGGCGAGUGGCAAGGCGUAUCCCAUGAUUUGUGAAGCGAGCAACGAUACCAUGGUCCACAGCCUCUUGAAAUAAUAAAAAAAAUUGAGAAAUUAUAUAAAGAUAUUUAGAUAUUCUCCAAAAUGUCGGAGGAACCGCAAACCGUGUGGCAAAAAAUUGACAACGCCGUUAUUCCAGUGAUUAAUCUGGAGAUUCGAGAGGUCCGCGAGAUACUAUGGGAGAAGAUAAAGGAACCCACGUCUCAAAGAAAGAUAAUUUUAGUAAUAGUGUCUAUAGCCCUCCUACUAGACAACAUGCUCUAUAUGGUAAUCGUACCAAUCAUACCAGAUUAUUUAAGAUAUAUUGGAGCUUGGGGAGAGGCGGGCUACGAUCACGUAGUCACGUUGCCGCCAAUCAAGGAAGGAAAUAGAACUAUAAUACCUACUAAAAUUAUACCAGCAUCUCAUGAAGGCCAGGAUUCAGCGACUGGAGUUCUGUUCGCAUCUAAGGCGAUAGUACAAUUAAUGAUUAAUCCCUUUUCCGGUGCCUUAAUUGACCGCAUAGGUUAUGAUAUUCCUAUGAUGAUCGGACUUAUAAUAAUGUUUCUUUCCACUUCGAUAUUUGCCUGUGGGCGGAGUUAUAGUAUGUUGUUCUUUGCGAGAAGUCUUCAGGGUGUUGGAUCUGCCUUCGCAGAUACUUCCGGUCUCGCAAUGAUUGCUGACAGAUUUACUGAAGAAUCUGAACGCUCAAAGGCACUUGGCAUUGCUCUUGCCUUUAUAAGUUUUGGAUGUCUUGUUGCUCCCCCAUUUGGUGGAGCUUUAUAUCAAUUCGCCGGGAAAGAAGUACCAUUUCUAAUACUUGCACUGAUAUCUCUUUUGGACGGUUUUAUGUUACUUCUUGUUAUGAAACCGCUAAAGACACAAAUGAAAGAGGCUUCCCAACCAAAACCAGCUGGCACUCCUAUUUGGAAACUAUUGAUGGACCCCUAUAUCGCGGUAUGCGCUGGAGCCUUAAUGAUGUCAAAUGUGGCAUUGGCUUUUCUGGAACCAACAAUAUCUCUAUGGAUGGAAGAUAAUCUGACAAAGGAUAAUUGGAAAAUUGGUAUGAUUUGGCUACCGGCAUUCUUUCCACACGUUUUAGGGGUCAUUAUAACAGUAAAAAUGGCAAAACAGUAUCCACAGCAUCAAUGGUUGAUGGCAGCUGGUGGUUUGGCUUUAGAGGGCCUAUGUUGUUUUAUAAUACCAUUUGCAAGCUCAUACAAAAUGUUAAUGAUUCCAAUUUGUGGUAUCUGCUUUGGUAUAGCUCUCAUUGACACAGCUCUUUUACCAACUCUAGGAUACCUCGUGGAUGUACGAUACGUAUCCGUUUACGGAAGCAUCUACGCUAUUGCUGAUAUAUCCUACUCUUUCGCUUAUGCUGUUGGACCCAUCAUAGCUGGCGAGGUAGUGGAGGCUAUUGGUUUCACCGCACUUAAUUUGUUUAUUGCCUUCAGUAAUCUACUAUACGCUCCUGUUUUAAUAUAUCUGCGCCAUAUUUAUGACUUCAAACCUUUUGAGAAUGAGGCAAAUAUUUUGAUGGCAGAUCCUCCGGACAAAGAAUAUCAAACGUAUAGCAUGCAAGAUCAGAGACCAGUGAAUGGUGAAUUUAAAAAUCAUUUGGAGUACAGCUCAAUGGGUGGCCAAGGGGAUUCCGUGCAAGAGUCCAACGUGGAUGGGACACAAUAUGAUUACCAAGACGGAUAUCAAAACUAUUCACAAGGCUACGAACAGCAAGGUUUUCAGCAGCAAAGCUAUCAGCAAGAAGGGUACAGUCAGCCUCGACAGUUGCCAGCGCAGCCCCAACCUCCAGCCAGCAACCCCUUCAGAGCCGGGUCAGCAGCUGCGGCACCCACCCCAGCCCCCGCCGCGGCACCGACUCCCGCCCCGGCCACCAGUGCCAUCAGGAAUCCAUUCCGACAGGGCUUCUAGAGCAGUUUAAUAUUGUUGUCUGUAUCUUUUAAUUUACUUGUUGUGUAUUUAUAAAUGUCUCAUAGUUGAUAAGUUCGAUCACUGAGCCGCGACCAACUGGCAAUGUUCUUUAGUAUCUCCACUAGUUGUCUAUUAUAUCGUGCUUUUUAUUAUUAAAGUAGUGGAUCUGCGGAUUUCAUCAAUUAUUAAUAUUUACCUAUUGUUUUAAAAACGUCAUCCUACCGUCGUAGGAGACACGUGGCUACCGACUGUGACGAUCCGUUUAUUUUGUUUCUUGUUGAUAUUGUAUUGUUCUCUUGUAAAUGUUGCGUCUUAUAGAGCUAGACGAAUAUUGCAUAUUAUAUAGAGUAUAUACUAAACUCGGUAGUGAGUAUUUUAAGGAAGUGUUUUAUUGAAAACUAAUUGCAUACGUUAAUGGAUUUAUAUGAAAGUGUGUGUAGCAAACUAUAUUUAUAUAUGUACAUGUACUGUAAGACCUUUUAUUGUAAUUCUCAAAGCAAUUUAAAUAACUUUUUAAAUUUUUUAAAAUAGUUAACUAUUAUCGUGACAUAUCUGUGAGUUAUAAGGAACUAUCGUAUCGUCUAAAGCGCAAAAGUUAUUAUAGUCAAAUGUAAAAAUUAUAGUCAGCAUUCUGAAUACAUUCCAACGAACGAGACAAAUAUAAAGGUGAUGUUAUAAAAACAGAAACUAUGCCAAGAUCUGAAGAUAACUGUUUUACAUUAUACACUAUGAGGACUAAAUAAAAAGUCAUUGAAAGAUAAAAAUUUGAAAAAAUAAUUCCAUUUUUAAAUGAUCUUAAUCACUAUGUAUUGAUCAAUAUUCUAUAUUGACGUUCUGCUGGAGACAUUCACAUGUUGACUGUAAUUUCCUGUAUCUCUUCUGUACAUAGCGGCACUUGAACUCACGUAACUAUACAAUAUAUAGGCAGCACGUCAAGUGGCCACUUGUAAAUAUCGGCACUUAUUACAAUUAGGGUUGAAUUGUAUUGACUCUUAUAAUAACUACACGACGAGGUGGCCGUGGGUCCUAGUUAUAUCACGUUAUAACGCGAGCGAGUGGUCGUGUAUCUUCCAUUGCUUCAGCAAUAUCAAUUUCACUUAAUAUUAUUAUAAGUAGGUAGGCAUCAACUUGUGAUAGUUGCAACCAAGGUAACGAAACAUAUCAGAAUCUUUUGAUUCAUUUAGCUUAAGGAGUUAUUUAUUGUAUUAUCUUGUGUAGUGAGUAUUGCUGUUUAACGUAUUUUCUUAUAUUUAAUAUUAUACUGUAAAGUAGCGUUGUGACAUAUAUAGUUUUGUGGUCAUUCGGUGGGAAAUUGCUAUUUAUAAGUAUGCAAGCUACGUUCAUUAAAGAACAUUUACUCGAACAGAAUCACAUAUCUUGGACUCUGAUAUUUUAUAAUCAAAAUAAAAUUAUAUAAACUCAUGGUAAAUCGUGAAAAUUAUGACGUGAAUCUUCGUCCCAAUCAGAUGUAGGUGAUCGUCUUAUGUAGAUAUCGAAGGAGAUAUAAGAUAUUCGUAAUUCAGAGUCAAAUAUAAAAAAGACGAAGCCACCGCAAUGACCUCUAGUAAACACAGACUCGGAUAUUAUACAACACUAACAUUAUAAAACUAAUUGUACAAGAAAUCGCGACGAGCCCGACAUGUCAAUUGAAGCGUGUAUAAAUAUAAAAAAUAUAUUAUUAUUAUUAAUAUUCUUUACAUAAUGUGUAACGAGCGCUUUUGAGCUGUGUGUACAUUUGAGCGUUUUGAAUAAUAGAAACAUCGUGUGCGGUUUUGCAACAAAAGUAUAAUAUAAUAUAAAAAUCAUGUACCAUACACGUACUAACGUUACGUUACCAUAAAUAUCACAGAGACGUUUAAACAGUCAUACGAUUAUAUAAAAUUAUAAAACUAAUGAAAACGUACAAAUGUAUACGCAGCGGAAAUAUUUUUUUGGAUAAAAACGAAGUGGAUUGAGUAAUAUGUUGAUCGCAUUACUUUAACGUGCCGUUAGUUAUUAGAGCGUCAUCACGAGCGGGCUGAGCGAGCGCAUUACUAUGAAGCGCAAAUAUCACUUACAACUCCCGGAGUGUUCAUGAGAUACCUUAAUUAAUAUGUCCGUUUGUCAAAAAUCAGUUUUAUUGAAAUUGCUACAACUGUAAACUUUUAUCAAGAGCAUUCUGACAACUGAUAUUGGGUUACUCGUGUCCUCUAAGCGAGUGUCAGUCCACAGAGCACUUUUCGGGAACACUUAGGUAUUUUUGCUAUUUAUAAAUUAAGAUUAACUAUUAUUGAGGUGAUUUAAAGUCCGAAGAGAUAUUAUUUAAUCGUAAGUUAAGUCAAUUUCGUGUCAAAUUCUCCCGAAAUUCAAUUACUUAGUAGAGUAUCGCUGAGGUGUCCGCUGACGCUUGUGUUGCCUGGAUUUUGGUAUUAUGAACCGUAGCUCUCUCGUUUUAUGGUUAAAGGGGUUCCGUUGAUUUCAAUUCGUCAAUUAAAGAUCAAUUCGAGGAUAUAUUAUAGACUAGCGUAGUCAAAAUCCACGGCAUCACGCGUGAAGCCCGCUGCAAGCUCAGUGGAGACGUUUUGAAACACGUCUUGUGACUUCAAACCUAUAUCGAAUACAUAUCAUUAGGUGUAAGUACAUUUACAAGGUUUAUAUCAAACUCCAUGUAAUAUAUUGUACGUGUCGCACACUAGGUUGCUUAUUAUAGCGAGUUAAGUGUAGUUUUAAAUCUACUAUAACGUAUAAACGUAUUUUAGGUAACGCGAAGAAAAGAGCGACGGAAAUAUUUAUUACCAACAGAGUUAGUGCACUGUUGAGACAGAUCAGAGUUGGUUAGAAGUAUAAAACAGAAGAACUACAACUAAUAUUAUGUUUUGAUAUUUAUAUAAAGAUUGGAUUAAUCACAUCAAAUUAAUAUAAUUUAUUUUCUAUAUACAGAAUUGUAAACUAACUUCGUAAAUAAACAUAUCUAUUGUAUAUCCUUCCAAGUGUCCACAUAUCUCUGUCUGUUGAUCUCCUUUAUAAAUAUUCUAGUUAAUCUUACUUAAAUUAUCUCGAACUUUAACUGCAAACAGGAUCUAUUAUUAAAGUCUCUCCGUGGCACGCCACUUCAUAUAAUCUACGUGCCUCUAGUCUGCAGUUAAACUUCCUCUUUAGUUGACAACCCGUCCGCUAGUCCUACGUCUAUGUCUAUAUUCCAAUCUAAUUAUAUUUCUAACGUAUUUCUCGACACUUCAUUGAAAUUACUUUUAACUCAUAUUUUAUUAAGUCAUUUGCUUUUUGGUGUGAUCAUUGCUAAUUUAUAAUAGUAGCGAGUUGUGGCUCAUAAGAAGUUACUUAGUUUCGUCUCCAAGUAGAACUGCGGUUUGUACCUUGAAAUGUAAAUUUGGAUGUGUGAGUGUAAAUUUCGCACAUAGAAACAGACAUUAAUAUCUGAGAGGGAGAUUUAUUUCGAUUCAGUUAUCAUUCGUCAAUUAACCUUGAGUUAAAUAGCGUUGUGUAAAUAUAAGGCGAGUGUCCGCGCGUCUAGCGUUGCUAUGUACAAUAUAUUCAACAUAUCUAUCAAUAAGUAUUCUUUGUGUGUCGUGUACUAAUAUCGAAAGCUAACACUUGAAACGUUGUUUAAAUCGCACUUUUUAAUAUCAACUUUUAAUAUAUAAAUAAAUUAUUAAUCAUAAACAUAUCGUUUAACGAGAAUCGAUUCAGCGCUCGAUUAAGCGUUUAAUAUUAUAAAAAAAUGUAAAUAUGCUCUGAGUCUAGUAUCGGUCAGCUAGUCACUGUAAUUGUGAAUCAAUUUUUUUGCAAUAUCGAGGCCUCAUUAGUAUUAUCUUUAUCCUAAUGUAUAUACUAAGGUCGACGUCAGUAUAUACUUUGUGUCACUCGUUUGAAUUUAACUAGCGUGAUUAAUUAUGAAUAGCUCGAGGAUUACGGAGCCUUAAACCACCGCGUCUCGUUAUCGUCACAUAGUAAUAUGUUUGAAUCACAUCUCCUUGUUUAAUACUUCGUAUUUCGGUUCCUCCGUCGCGAGGAACUAUUGAGAUGUUUCUGCUUUCUAUUUGAUAAUAUUCUGCUAUCAAACAUUGUUAGAUAUAUAACACCUAACUAUAGUCACUAGUUUGUUAAACCGUAGUAUGUUUAUUCCGUAACUAUAACAAUUAUAAUUCAUCCUCUGUAUUGUUCGCGUAAUUCUUUUCUUUGACACCCAGUGUCAUUGUAUCGGAUGGCGUGUUCAAUAUCGAUGAUUUGAAAGAUCUGUAUCGUGUACUCAUGUAACUAGUUUGUAACGAGUCAUAAACAAGACUGGUCUGUUGACGAGAAGUUCGGAAAAUGAUAGAGUAAAGGGUCAUCUUUAAUAUCAUCUGACAUUAAAUGUGUGAUGGGGAGAAAAGAGGGAAUUAACAAAUGAAACGCAAAUUCAAACAGUCGUGUAAUAAGUCAAGCCAUUAAAAUAUUAAGAAAGUGUCACAGACAGCAACUGUGAACAGUUUGACAUUGUAAGAGGAGUGACGAAGUGUCAACAGAUCAGUCUCUGUAGACAGUAGACGGUAGACAGUAGACAGUAGAAGGUAGUACAUAAAGUGAAUGUAAGAACAGAAGGUUCUAUUUAAUAUAUGUAAUGUGAUCGAAAUAAUUCAGUGAUCGAAUAUAAUUGUUACAACAA